CAGAAGUCCAAAUUAAUUCAUACAAAAAUUUCCGAUAUCAUAACAGGAGUCAAAAUCAAUUCAUAGAGUGUAAAAAUUUUCACAUACCAUGAGGUUCAUGACAGGAGUAAAAAUCCAUUCGUGUCAAAUCCCAUUACGAUCACAAACACUGUUACAGUCGCCGACUUAUCUCAUUCCUCCCAAAAAGAGAAAAAGAAAAAAAAUCCCUCUCUAUCUUCUUCCUCUCUCUCUGGUAACUUCUCUUCUAUCACAAUCUGGAAAAUCAAACACAGACGCCAUGAAUUCAUCGCCAUUAAACUGGGAAGCUUUGGAUUCUCUCGUCAUCGAGUUCGCCAAAUCCGAAAACCUCUUCUUCGACAACGAAGACUCUUCUACUCUCUCUCCUCCUUCUUCUCCUUCUUCCUCCUCUCUCUCUCCUCCACCUCCUUCUUCAUCGUCAUCUUCAUCUGAGUCGUAUCGAUCACGCCUCCUGAUUCGUCGGAUUCGCCGCCUGUUAGAGUCUGGUGAUAUUGACUCCGCUUUGGAUCUCCUUCGUCUUCAUACUCCUUCCAUAUUACAUGAUCUUCGCCUUCUUUUUUGCCUUCAAAAGCAGAAAUUUAUUGAGUUGUUGAGAAGAGGAACUCCAGAGGAUCGUGUUUCUGCUAUUGAAUGCUUGCGCACUUCUCUCGCUCCUUGCGCACUUGAUGCUUAUCCUGAAGCAUAUGAGGAGUUUAAACAUAUUCUUCUAGCCCUAAUUUAUGAUAAAGAUGACACCAAUUCGCCUAUUUCUAGUGAGUGGUCUGAAAGACGAAGAUUUGAAAUUGCUGGAUUGAUGUCCUCUAUUCUGAGGGCACACCUUCAGGCGCAUGAUCCCUUGUUCUCAAUGACAUUGAGAUAUCUCAUAAGCUUACACAAGGAGUUCUGUCUUCGUCAAGGAGUCCCCUCACCAAUCUCGGACCUGACUGAAAGGUUGCUUCUUGAGGAAAGAGAUGCCCCAGCAACACUUCAAGAGUUGGCUUCUGGAGUGCCUAUAUUACAGGAAGAGGACAUACAAGCCCUAGCUCAUGCUGUUCAGCUUACCAGACAGGGGGCAGUUGAAAGCUUGAAAUUCACAAAGGGUGACUUAGUUCAGGCAUUAAAGAAUGAAUUAUGCCGCAUGAGAUUAAAUGAAUCUAUUCUAGACGAGCUCGUCCGCGAAUAUUGUGUUUACAGGGGUAUUGUUGCUCCUGGUGUGCCUUCCUCUGGAUCUACAUUGUCGGUUGACACUGGUCAUUUGAAAGCUAAUCAACUAAAUGCUACUGGUUUGUCAUUAGAUGGUUCCCAUGAUCUGGAUUGCGGAAAUAGUAAAAGUUCAGAUGAUGGAUCUUCCAUUGUUAAUGCUCAUGUUGAUGGUGCUGAAAUAAGCACAGUCAUGAUUAGGAUGCAAGAUACUGAUGUGGAGAUGCGAUUCCCUUGUGAGAGUACAAGUAACCAUGAUGAUUGUAGCACUAGCAGCACUCAUCAAACUAAGAACUUGAAGGUUUGCCAGAGAAAUAAAAGUCAUGCAGUUGGCGAUGGGAGAAGACGAAAAAGAUGGAGGGAAAGAAAUGACGAUCCUUAUUUUCCUGCUGGCAUACUGUCUAAUGAGAGCAAUAAGCGCGAGGGCUCUGAAAAAUAUAGCCCUUUUGACUCUACCUAUAAGGAGGAUAGAUGUGAGACUGUUUUGAGCAUUAAAGAUUUAGCUGAUCGAGGUAUGGCCGCUGAGGUUGUCGAAGAAGUGGAAGCGUUGGACCCUGAAUUUUUUGGGCAUAAUUCUUUGUUGCUUUUCCAACUGAAGCAGGUUGAGUUUCUGAAACUGGUUGAUUCUGGAGAUUAUUCUGGUGCUCUGAAGGUUGCUUGUUCCCAUUUGGGGCCUUUAGCAGCCAACAAUCAUGACUUGCUAAAACCCUUGAAAGAGACACUAUUAGCUUUGCUCAGGCCUAAUGAAGUUGAUUUCAAGAGAGAUUUACCAUUGCAUGCUUUGGCUAGUUCACUUCAGGUUGCAAUUGGUAGGAGGCUUGGCAUUGAAGAACCACAGCUUAUGAAAGUUAUGCAAGCAACCCUGCAUACACAUACUGAGUGGUUUAAUCUUCAAAUGUGCAAAGACCGCUUUGAAUCAUUUUUGAAGAUUGAUGCCUUGAAAGAAGUCAAUAGUCUGUUGCUGGCUGAUACUGUUUCUAAAUCCCAUUUAUGUGCACAUACUUAUGGAUCUUCCCAAGUUACAGUUUCGUCUAGUAGUGCGAUCCCGGAAGAUAGUAACAGUCCAACUCAAGUGUCAUCCCGAGAAGUUUGCGAUGAAGGUGCCAUCCUCAAAGUUAUGGAAUUUCUUGCUCUCCCAAGGGCUGAUGCCAUCCAUUUGUUGGCACAAUGUAAUGGAAAUGCUGAGACUGCUAUACAACAAAUAUUCGGAGAAAGUUGAUGAGAGUUAUGACCAUCAGUGUGACAUCAACGGUAUUUAUUUGUUGCUUGCAGCACUGGUGGUUUCUUGAGUUUGCAUCUGGUAGAUACACGGCGGUUUCUUCUGUAUAUCCCUACCCUUGUUGGGUUUUUUUAAAAUUAUUUAUUCGUUCCUACAAUUCUUUCAUGUCCAUAUACCGCUCUACUUGAACCAUUAUUUGUAGUCUUGACAGAUUUGAUUAAAUUGGUUAGCAAUAUCAUAAUAUCGGGUUGCUGGAAAUCAAAGGAUGCCUAGCUUUGGUAACUUCUCUA